AGAGCCAUCCCCUCAUCCCCUGCCAGGGCCAUCCCCUCACCCCCACUGUCCCUCACUGUGCUUUCCCCACCUGUCACUGUGCUGCUUAUCUGACUCGUGCUCAUGUUCUCUCUGCUCUCAGGGCAACCAGGGCUGUGUGACAGUGUUCUCUCCUUCCCCUCAGCCCUUCUCCAGGAGUUUGGCUCGCUCUGUGUCUUUGUGCAGGUGCCUGGCACUGGGAGAUACCUGCUGUGUGCUGCUUGUGUCUGCAGGGGAAGGUUUGCAAGGACUCUGGGGCUUUAUGGCUAAAAGAAAAAAGGGUUGUGUGUGUGUGUGUGACUCGGCCCAGGAAGCCUCUGGUCUCUUCCUUGGCUGUUAGGAAAGUUUAAAUCCUGUUAUGAAAGUUUAAAUUCUUGUUCUUCCCCCGUGGGUCUCGUUCCCCCCUCACCCAAAUGUCAGGUCAGGCUGCCCUGAGCCAGCUGGGGUUUGUUGCUGUGCUGUCACCUCCUCGAUGUGUGGUGGCUUUUCUCUGUGGCUCCUGAGUGGAGAACACACUUUGCCAAUGCUUGUAAGCCUGGGGAAGAAAGGAUCCAGCAGCUGGAUUCCUCCUCUGGAGCCUCACCCUGCCUGGAGGGUCACAGGGAGACAGUGUCCAUCUCCUGGGGUCACUGCAGGAGUGGAUGGCUUUAGUGCAGCAUCUCCAUCUGGGAUCCAGGCUGAUCCCUGAGUGUGUUUGUAUCAGCACAAACUGGCAAAACCUUCUGACCUUUAUUGGGUAGAAACAGAAUUGUAGAACAGUUUAGUUAGAAGGCACCUGCAGCAUCGUCCAGUCCCAGUGCCUGAGCACUCAGGGCUGACCAGCAGUGCCAGAGUGUUGUUCAGAGCAUUGCUCAAAUGCCUCUCAAACGCUGGCACUUUGGGGCAGGGACCACCUCUGCUGUUCCAGGGUUUGACCCCCCUUCUUGGUGAAGAAAUGCUUCCUCCUGCCCAGUCUGAACCUCCCCUGCUGCAGCUUUGAGCCAUUCCCACGUCCUGGCACCGGAUCCCGGGGAGAAGAGCUCAGCACCUCCCCUCCAUCCCCUCCAUGUCCCCAUCCCCUCCUCAGGAAGCUGCAGAGAGCCAGGAGGUCACCCCUCAGCCUCCUUUUCUCCAAGCUGGACAAACCCAGAGCCCUCAGGCUCCCAGGAGGUGCCUUCCAGCCCUGCCCCAGCUCUGUUGUCCCCCCCUGGAUACACCCAAGCACCUUCAGAUCCUUCCCACAGCACCCCAGGUAGCAUUUUAACAUUUUAACUCUUUCCCCAGGGCUAGAGCUGCCUUGCACGAGCAGCCUCUCCUGUUUACAGCCACUUUUUCCAUCUUUGGAUGGCAAACACACACGAACACACUCUCUUCUUUUGUUAAAAAUCAAUUGAUUCCAAUUGGUGCAGGGUUUUUUUUUUUUUCUGGAACAGGUUAUUGGUUGCUGCCUGGCCUAAGCUCUUAUAAAGUAACCCAAUACUCUGCCCUUCCAGAGCAAGCAGCAAAUGCCCAGUUCUGAGAGGCAGCAGUGACUCCUUGGGGAGCUGCUUCCUGUCAGGAUGUAUUUUCUUGGGAUGACUCAGGAGCUGCUUCACGAGAUGCAGGAAAAACUCCCCAUCUUUGUCCUGAUUGCAGCUGGACUGUUGGACUUGUCUGGAGCCUCCAGGAGUGAACGUGAUGCCAGUGACAUGUUGGCCCUGGGCUUCCCUGGAUGGGCCCAGCCCAGAGCUGAGAGCAGCCCAGUGCCCAGCGAGGGCUUCCCUGGGACAGAGGACAACUCAGAUGGGGUGACCUUCCACUUCCAGAGCCCAGCAGCUGAUCCCACCAAGGCAACCACAGCUGACUCCAGCCCUGCUGCCACAGGGAGAGCUGCAAACGGGACAGCUCUGCUGCCUGGGGGCUUGGCUGGGACCCUGGAGGUGGCUGAGCCCCUGCACACAGAAACAGCAGCUUCAAAACCCCAGGGUGGACAUGCCUGGCCUGGCCAGCUCUUGGGGAGCUUCAGCAUCCCUGUCUCCACACAAGGAUCCCAGGCUGCCACAGCUCUGGAGCAGCCAGGCAGCUCCCUGCAGAGAAGACCAGGAGAUAUCCCUGGGGCUGGUCCCAGCUCUGCUGCUGGGCUGCCCCAGCCCCCUCCCAGUGCAGGGCCACACCAGGACUCUCCCCCGUUCACAGCUGUCCCCUCCCUUUCUCUUCUCAAGCAGAUGGAGGUGACAAAGCCUAAAACAUCUCCCCUGAUUUCAACAGUCCGUUUUCAUCCUCCAGGAAAAGGAACAGCAGCAUCUCCAUCUCCAAGCAGAGCUGGGGUUGCUCUUGGAGGUGCAGGGCUGGGCUGGUCCCCCACAGGGAUGCACACAAACCCCCAGGCCCAGCCUGGCAGCACAGCAGCUCUGACUCCUGCACGCCUGGAGAGGACCCAGGGUAUGGAUGCUGGAGUUACAGCUUCUGCAGUCCCACCCCAGCCAGCUCCAGGGGGCCUGGAUGCAGCCUAUUCCAGCACAACACAUGCCAGGGCCACUCAGCUUUCCCCUGGUUUGCCUCUGAAGGAAGAAACCACAGGCAGCAAAGGCAGAAAUUCAACAGCAGCUGUAACAAAUGGUUCUGGACACCCAACCCAGCUGCCUGCUCUGCAGACACUGCCACCAGGCCACGUCCAUUCCUCUUCAUUCCUGAUGGGAUCCCCAGUUCCUGGUGGGUUAAUUCCAUCUCCAGUUCAAGGGCCCUUUGGCACAACUGGAGGACAACAGCCCCUGUCUUUGGACAGGGCUCUCAACUGCACCAAACCUGUUGCCCAGGAAAGCAACAGGAGCUCUCAAGGAAUCACAGUUGUAGCUCUGCAAGGAGAUGCUGAUCAUGGGAUGGUGACAAGUAAACCUGGAAAAUCUCUAUCCCCUGAGAACCCACAGGCUUCUGCUACUUCAUCCUCAUUAAGCCCAUCAAGGAUUUCCACAUUAAAGCUUUCCCAGACCACUAAAGAGCAAAAAGAAGGAACAUCUGCACCCUCUCCUGGGAUAUCUGGCUUUUGGAAUGCAGAUCUUCAGCCCUGGGAUUCUGUUCAGGAAGGGCUUCAGCCACCAGGUGCAUCUUUCCCUGCUCGUGCUGGAUUGCAGCCCAUGGGCAUCCCCAGCUCUGCUGAGAGACUUCACACAACAACAACUUUACCCCCAGCCCCUGGCUCUGGGUCUCAGGGGGUUCCUGCCCACCCUGUACCUCGGGAGGCCUUUGCUGUGACACUGCAGGUGAGCACAGGGGAAGACUCCAAGAGAAGGAAAGGUCUCCCACAGCAGACAGCUGGAACUGUACCAGCCAGCCCAGUGCCCAGCCCCUCUGGAGCCCGUGAGAGCAGGACCCAGGCAGCUCCCUGGCACAGCUCUGCCCCUGCAGCCCCCCAGAGCCAGCACAGUGGCAGCCUGGCAGCUCCUGCUCCAGCACCACCCUCGCCCCGUGCAGGGGGAAGCCAGCCCAGCUCAGCCACAGCACACCCUGACCCAGGGGUGCCCCGUGAGGGCCCAGCACCGCUGGCACAGGCUCUGGUGCAGCAGUUCAGGAGGGCUCUUGAUGCAGCCACCAGGAACCUCAGCACUGCCAGAGGAGACCCCCUCACCAUCACCUCAACCCCAAACCUGUCCUUCCUGUUUAAGAGCACUGAUGGCAUGAUAUGCCUUCGACCCCUGCAGGAGUCCCCUCUGCCCAGGACAUUCCCAAAUGCCAGUGUUGGGGGGCUGGUUUCUGUCCAGCAAAUCCUGGCAGCGUCGAAUUCCUCAGCGCUGGACCUGGCAGACUUACACCACCUGAGUCCUUCCAGCCUGGUCCUGGUCAGGCCUGUGUUCAUCCUGCUGCCCACUGACAGGGCACACUCACCCUUUCCUCGGGGGGAAGGUGACCACAGAACCACCCAGCUGGGCACACAUGUGGGCACCCCUGAAAGCAGCCACGGGAGUUCCUCUUAUCCCACCAGUAAAUCUGAAACCACUCUGUCCACUGCAUCCAACCAGCAAGCAGAGAGAGCAAAGGUGACUCCUCAGCCAACUCAUCCCAGUUACAGAGCCACCACGGGCUUGGGCCAAGCUGCCUCCUCGGCACCAGGUCCUUUGCUGGACCCAGGGAUGGGGAUGAGCAGCACAGGGCAGACCCUGCACCUUCCCAGGAUACCAGAGGAGAUGCAGAUCCCUGCUCCCCCUUCCCAGGAGGCCAAGAGCACUGAUUCACUUCUCCUGAGCAGGAUGCUGGCAGAGCCUGGCACCUCCCCUGGGGCACCAUCAGUGCUGCCCACAAAGCAGAGCCCCCACACUUCCCCCAAAGUGUCUCUCACCACUGAAAAGCCACAUUCUGUAACUCCUUUACUGCCAGCAAAGGGACUCCUUGAUUUCCCAGUGCCUGCCCAGCCCGUGCCCAGCAGCACAGGGGCUGCAGGCCAUGCCCAGCACAGUGGGACACUGCAAACUGCUCCCCCUGGCCAGGGCUCAGGGACCACCCCGAGCUCUGCCCCUGCUCCCUGCGUGGAGUGUGGGACCUCACGCUCAGCUGCAGCCACAAAACACCCACUAAAGGGACUCACAAGCACCAAACCUCUGCAGGCCACGUCCCAAGGGCUCCCCAGGACCACACAGCUGCCGUCAGUGGUACCCAGCACGUCCUCAGCUUCCCCAGUGCUUCCAGCUGGGAAUGAGCACGGAGAGGCUGCCCUGGGCAGCACAGCUCCUUCAGGAGGGGUCCCUGUGCCUGCUACAGCAGCACAAACCCACAGCACUUCUGUACAACCUGAUCUCCCUCACCACUUGGAAUUCACUCCCAUGGUGCCCAAGCCCUUUGUAAGGACAGAGGGACCGACAGCAGCCCCAGUGCAGGCUCCCUUCCCAACAGAGAUCCAAAGGAACUCUGCUGCACGCCCACCUUCUCCUGCUCCUGCACAUGUGCCCCUGCUGGCAGCCCUGGAAGGUGACCAAGCCCUCCAAGCUCCCACUGAACUGUUCCCACGGGCCAGCGCGGGAGAAACCCCAAAGCCAACUGAACUCAGCACGAGGGCAGGAAAAGCAGGACCCAGUAAAUCCUCGGGGGUGAGCGUGUCUCUGUCAGCCCCAGUGAACACACAGACACAGCACCCACCCCCAGCAGCUCUGGGGAAGGAGCUGGGUUCGAGUGCAGCACAGCCCUCUGUGCCCACGGGAUCUGCCCUGCAGAGACAGCCCCGAGGGACACGGGGCACCCCCCAGGCUGCCCCAGCAGUGACUGCUCUCUCUGCAGCCCAGGGUGCUCAGACCACUGCUCCACUCACCAGCAAGAAAGGGCUUCACCUGCCAACACCAGCCCCCCAGCCUGAUCCCAGCGUGGUGCUGCCCGGAGUGAACACACCUGCUGUGGGGAAGGGUGAGGGCGAAGCAAAAGGAGAGGCAGCCCCCACCAGCCACCUGCCCACCCAGGCACCCCUGUCUGCGUCACCCAGACACCCUCUGGAGAAGGAGAUCCUGGAGGACACCAUGGAACAGGAGCCUGGUCAUUCCAGCCCUGGCAGUGCCCUGAGUGCCACCGGGCCACCUCCCACAGCAGCACUGGCUGUCUCUGCUGGCAGGCCUGGGAACAAGGUCACCAAUCACUCCGCUGCCUUGCAGAGAGCAGCUGGCAGUGAUGCUGAGAUGCUUCCAGCCAGAGACCCGAUCCAGCUCCUUCCAAGCCCUGAGAGCCCCUCGCAUCCUGCCGGGAGCCCGGUGGCACUGCCGGCCCGGGAGGAUUCCCUGCUGGCUGUGGCAGGCACUGACUCAUCCGAGGGGCUGCUGCUGAACACGGAGGCAGAGGAGAUGGGCAGGACGGAGGAGGUGACAGACGGAGCAGCCGAAGGGCUGGUGACUGUGGUGACGCUGCUGGAUGCCCAGCCCAGCGCCCCGGGGGACUCUCACCACAGGAGGGGGCUGCAGCCGGAGCUCGCCGUCCUGGAUGGCCUGGCCGUGGUGAGGGACGACGCCUGCGGCUCCGGCAACUACACGGUGCAGCUGAGCCUGAGCCCCGCUGCUGACACAGCCCCCGAGCCCCACGGGCCUCCAGCACCUUCCCCAGAGACCUUCCUGGCCUUGGUGGCCGUGCAGGACAACCUCAGCCAGCCCCUGGUGCAGCCCCUGCUGCAGAUCCACUCGUGCUGUGUGACCCCCUCCGCCAGCCCUGGGGCACCGGGAGCCCAGUGCUGCCUGUUCCGCAGGCUGCCAUUUGAGUGCAGGCACAUCCAGCUGCUGCAGAGCAGCAGGUCCAGAGCUGCCAGCUUCACCAUCCAGCUGUUCCAGAUGCUGAACCACUCCGUGGCCUACCUGCACUGCGAGCUGGACGUGUGUCUGCACGGAAAGGCGGGAUGUGAGCAGGACUGCUUGGAAAGUGUGGAGCCCGUUCUGCAGCCCAGUGACAGGAACAGCCCUGGAAACCUGCACAACCUCAUCUCAUUCGGGCCAGUUUGGAGGAUGAAGGACGGGUUUCUGUACAAACCUGUGGAAGGUCCUGGCUCUGCUGUGCUGCUGCCCAUCCUGCUGGGCUCCCUCACUGGCUUUGCUGUCCUGGGCAGUGCCUUCAUAAGCCUUUGGCUGCACCACAGGCAGAAAUCCAAACCCCUGCACUACCCCCCCUUUGGAGACAUCCAUGGGCUGUGAGCCUGGAGCAGCUCCUGGUCCUGCAGCUCCCACAUCAGCACCGCAGUGACCAGGGGAGAACAGGUCCUGCCCUGCACAUUGUAGUGCUUCUGUAGAGCUUCUGCCGACCCAGGGAGCAAGAGGGGUCCCACCUCUGCCCGGGGCACGUCUCCCCUUCCCUCCUUUCCCUCUGCAUGAGCGAGCCCACAAACUGCAGAGUAGAGC